AUGGCUGGAGAAAAAGUUGAAAUUUUGAAGGAGAAGGAAUCGACAUCGUCUUCGUCGGCACCUACAUCCAAUAGACAUCCAAUUGCCAGUACAAGGUUAGAGGUUGAUAAAUUUAAUGGCUCCAAUAAUUUUGGUAUGUGGCAAUGUGAAGUUAUGGAUGUGUUGUAUCAACAAGAGUUGGAUAUGGUUCUGGAGGAUAAACCAGAAGAUAUUGAUGACAAGCAAUGGACUAGAAUUAAUCUCCAUGCUUGUGCCACUAUUCGAUCGUUCCUUGAUAAGGAGUUGAAAUACCCGUAUAUGAAGGAAACUUCUGCUAAGAAACCUGAAUCGAACUCAUCUCUUCCUCUCUCUCUCGAUCUCAAUGAAGUGGAUAAGUACUUGACGGAUCCUUUUGAGAGCCCCUUGAGUAAACAAUUCAAUCUCUUGAAUUGGUGGAAAGGGAACCAAACAAGAUAUCCUAUUCUUUCACAAGUUGCCAAGGAUAUCUUUGCAAUUCCAAGUUCUACGGUUGCUAGUGAAAAUGCUUUUAGCCUAGGCAAGAGGAUUGUGGAUCCUUUUAGAAGCUCUUUGCAUCCUAAAAUGGUAGAGGCAUUAGUGUGUACUAGUGAUUGGCUUAGAGCGGACGAAUUUUCCUUUUACAAAGAACCAACGGAUGAUGAGGUUGAAUUCUACAAGGAAAUGGAAGAUAUGACAACUUAUAGCAUUGGUGCUCAAACAACACAAAGGGGUUCUUCAAAUCCACUCACCACCAACACUUGAGUUUGUAACAUUGGUGUAUUGCAUUUUUCCUUUUAGUUUGUAACUUUAAUUAACUUUGAAUUG